UUCUCCGUUACUCGGGCCGGAGUGUGUUGGCUUCUCGCGACUCGCAAAGCCGCGAGUUGGCCUGAAGGACGCGUUAAGCGACGCGGCGAACGGUGUAACACCGCUCGAGAGUGAACGGGUGAGUGAUAUUCACGAACGAAUUCACAAGUGCGUGGUGUUUGUUCAUUCGUUCGGGUCGGGUGGCCGGGGCACUUCGGUGCAGCCUUCAUCCGCGUUAGCGGCUCGCGCUCGCCGACACGAAAAUGGCGGGCGAUGUCGGUCUCGGUGAUACGAGCGGCAAUAGCGGUGGUCGUCGCCGACGUUGUUAGCCCUCGGCACUCUCGGGGGGGGAACAUCCGCGACCGCACGUGAGUCGACAGUCGCGUAAAUCGCCGACUGUACGCACCGCGUACGGGAGAUUUUCCCGCCCUCCAGUUGUUGCGUGUCACGCACGACACGCACGUUCGUUUGUUCGUCGGGUAGCGUGUCGUUGAAAACGGAACGAACCGAACUUGAACAGCGGAACGUUAUACCUGUGGUAGAGUGUUGUGAAUAACAGUUUGACGGUAAGCACGCACGUAGUACUCUGGUUUGAAAGAGAGAGAGACAGAGAGACACCGUGCGAACCCCCGCAGGACUCCGCAGGCAGGCUGGAGGGAGGGUGGGAUUAAAGGAGCGAAAGAGACAAAGAGGAAAGAGGGAGAAAUAGAAGAGGACGGAGAUAGGCAAUAGAAAGAGCGAAACCCCCUCCCCCCUCUCUCCACCCUCGGGGGACAGAGACAGACGGGCAGAGGACGCACUGGUGACUGGCGAGGCAGACGGGAGCGAAAGUUUGGUAGUAGCGGAUCGACGAUGAGCAAACAAACACUAUGGAGUGACUAUGCUGUGAGAUGUUGACCGUAUCAUUCAGUUGACGGGAGAGAUAGAGAGAGCGCGAGAGAAAAAGAGAAGAUAGAUCCGAGUCCACGGGAAAACUGCCGGAGUGAGAGCGAGAGAGAGAGAGAGAGAGAGAGAGAGAGAGGGAGAGGGAGAGAGUGUGAGUGAGACGGAGGUAAUUAGAUAGAGAGAGGUGCGAGUGCCGCGAUCAGCGGCAGCGACCGCGAGAUUGUAACACACGUUGCGGAGGACGUACGAAGUCUUGAUGCCGAUGCCGGCCGAAUACCACGAGGGUCACGGUAACCACGAGAACGCCAAUUUCGCUCUCGGGUCCACGCAGGACGCCAACAACAUGACGGCCAACAUGUACCGGGUGGGAGAUUACGUGUAUUUUGAGACUGCCACCUCGUCGCCGUAUCAGAUUAGGAGGAUAGAAGAAUUAAAUAAGACCGCGAACGGGAAUGUGGAAGCAAAAGUCAUGUGUUUCUUCAGGCGGAGGGAUUUGCCGACUACCUUAGUUAUGCUAGCAGACAAACAUCAAUUGGCAAGCGCGGAGCAGCAGAGGUCAGAAUCCCCUGCGAGUACACAGAAUCAGAAACUCGAGAAUCCCGACACUACUAAGGAAAUGACUAAUAAAGAUGGUAUCGGGCCCAAAGUGAUGAUCAAAGGGGGCGGGAAAGGGGGCUGGCUGAAGGCCCCAUUAUCAGAGGCCCAAGAGCCCCAUGGGAUGGAAGAAGGUGUUCCCGGAGGAGUAACAGAAUUAAGUUCUAAGCAACGUCACCAAAUGAAACACAGAGAGCUGUUUUUAUCGCGACAAGUGGAGACUAUGCCAGCUACGCACAUCAGAGGCAAAUGCUGCGUUACGUUAUUAAAUGAAACUGAAUCCUUGACAAGCUAUCUAAACAAGGAGGAUUCAUUUUUUUAUUGUUUAGUAUUUGACCCUGCUCAGCGUACUUUGCUUGCUGAUAAAGGCGAAAUUAGAGUAGGUAAUAGAUAUCAAGCAACAGAAAUACCGGCGGUAUUGACAAUGUCAGAAAGAGAAGCGGAUACUCGCAGAUUACAAGACUUGGAGACUUUGGUUUGGACUCCGAAACACAAUUUGACAGAUCGUCAGAUUGAUCAAUUCCUCGUCGUUAGCAGAUCAGUAGGCACCUUCGCGAGAGCCUUAGACUGUUCGUCCUCCAUUAAGCAACCCUCCUUGCACAUGUCCGCAGCUGCUGCAUCUAGAGACAUUACUCUGUUUCACGCGAUGGACACAUUGCACCUGCAUGCCUAUGACUUAUCGAAUGCCUUAGCGUCUCUAGUACCUAGUACGGGUCCUGUAUUGUGUCGAGAUGAAAUGGAGGAAUGGAGCGCGUCCGAGGCGAAUCUGUUCGAAGAAGCGCUCGAGAAAUAUGGGAAGGACUUUGCGGAUAUACGAUCGGACUUUUUACCAUGGAAAACAUUGAAGAAUGUAAUUGAGUAUUAUUACAUGUGGAAAACGACAGAUCGGUACGUUCAGCAGAAGAGAGUGAAAGCUGUAGAAGCGGAGAGUAAGCUGAAGCAAGUUUACAUACCGAAUUAUAACAAAACCCCUACGUCGACAACUACUCCUUCCACCGCCACAAUUGUACCUCUGGGUAAUAGUAAUAGCAAUAGUAACGGAAAGCCAACCAGCGUUUUGAACGGUAAUAGUAACGGCAGCAUGGUGGGUGAUAAUUCCGGAAUACUUAUGGUUGGAGUGGGUGGGAAACCUUGCGAGGGUUGUCAGGUUGUUCAGAGUUCACAGUGGUAUUCCUGGGGACCGACGCAUAUGCAAUACCGUCUCUGUCAAUCUUGUUGGACAUAUUGGAAGAAGUAUGGAGGGCUCAAGGUGCCGUCGCGCAUAGACGACGUCGAUCUCGAUAGGAAACGCGCCGGCGCCGGUUCGGACGAAGAGAGCAAGGGGAUGGGCGGCGCGCACAGGCCGCAUCGAUGCAGCAUUCCCUCCUGUGGCAAGGAGUUCAAACUGAAGGCUCACUUGAGCCGUCACUACGCGAGCGCGCAUGGAGUGGAUCUGCGCGGCACCGCCGGAAGCGGCGGCGGCGGCGGCGGAUCGCCGCGGGUGAAUGCCGCGCCGUUGCGGCACCUAUGCGCCCAGCUGGCAUCUAAAACACCUACGGAACUGCGUAUCCUUGCACGCGCCGUACGGCCUCGGCCGCGUCCCCAAGUGAUCGACAUCGCCUCGCGCCUAGGCGAUCAUCCAGCACCUCGGCAACCCGGUGACUGGGACUGGCUGACACUAACUGCCCCAGCACAACGCAAACAGCCCGAACGAGUCUCAUUUCCACGUCCGCCAAAGGCACCGGACGGCAGUCUUUUGUAUGAGAGGGUACCAAAUAAACCUGAAGUGGACAGGCUCACAUUGACGCCACCCCAGCCCCAGCCUGUCAUGUCGACCCAACAGAAUAUUUUGAAACGCCCAAGAUCGUUCGACGAAAUUAACGGUUCAGAUGGUAUCGCUCUGAACGCAGGGCUUCCUUCUGGUGCACCGCCUGCGAAAAGAGCUCAUCAUCCGCAGCAACUGCAUCCGAAACAUACGCUGGAACAUCCCGCGCCUGCAGUUCUUCCUCUUGCGCCGCCUCUUAACGGCAGGGCCUCUCAUCCGCUGCCUCAUGGUCCGCCGUUGUCCAGAAGUAACGCACGUAAGCAAGUCAUGUCGUGGAUGGACGCACCCGAUGACGUCUACUUCCGUGCUACCGAACAGAUCAAAAGAGCUAGAAGAGCUCUAUCUUCGGUGGAGUUACGAAGAGCAGCGCGCAAACCAUGGCGCAGAAUGUCGCUCCCCCUGAAUCCGCUUCACCUCCAAAGAGCAGGUCGCCAAGACGAAAUGGUUGUCAUCUUGGAUUGAAUCCACAUAAAGAUGAACACAAGCGAAUGAUACUAUAUGUCGGUUCGCUAAUUGCGAGGCAUGACUCUGUUAACGUAAUCUUUAACAAGUGAAACUAUAUUUAGUGAAAAGGUCACAGUUUCGUGUAUUGUCAUCAGCAGCUCCGAUGGAUCAAACAACAAUCAUUAACUUAAAAAUCGAAAGAUCCUAAAAGCUCUUCUAUGAUAAAAUUUCUUCUCAUGGAAGCUGAGCAAGUCGUGGUAAUAAAAAAAGGCCUUGCUUGACCGACGAACAUAUGCAUGUUGAACAAUCGAGAAUAUCGUUGAACGACUUUACUACUUACUGAAGAAUUAAUGUUCAGCGAACUAAGUCAUACAACGUGAAACAUGAUUUUCUAUUCGUAUUAAUUAUUGUUGUUAUUAAUAAUAAUUAUUAAUUGAAUGUACAUAUAC